AUGUUUCUAUUUAAUAAAUUUGUUCAACACAGUCUUCCAGCGUUCUCCUUCUUCCCCUCAUUCACCCUUUUGCUGUCGGAUGCCAAACUUGGUAACAAUCAAUAUCAGAAGUCCGAAGAUUGUUUUUUUUCUUCUUUCAAACCAAUACAAAUAUAUACAGUAUACAUCCGCUUACUCACGCUGUCUGGCUUUCAACCACAUACAUAUUGUCAUUAUUUGUCUCUUAUAUAUAUAUAUAUAUCCUCUUUCUCUGUUUUACAUAUAUAUACGCACAACUCACGCCUCCUUUCUCCCUUUCCUCUUUCUUUCCCUGUCUCUCUCACGCACAACACACACCCAUAUUUUCAUUGUCUGACUCUUCCCUCUCUCUUUCUUUCUUUCUUUCUUUCUUUCUUUCUUUUUUCUUUCUUUCUUUCUUUCUUUCUCACACACACACAACUAUUUUCAUUCUCUUUCUCUCUCUUUCUUCUUUCUUUUCCUGUCUCUCUCAUACAAAACACACACCCAUAUUUUUCAUCGUCUGACUCUUUUCUUCUCUUUGUCUUUCUCUAUUUUUCUCUCUGUCUUUCUCUCUCUCUUUCUCUCUUUCUCUCAAAAACACACACAGACUAG